AUGUUUCAAUUAGCAGCUGGACAAGAUUUUAUUUUAGCAGGUGACUUCAACUUCGAACCUCAAAGUCUCACUUAUCAAGUUUUAACAGAAAAAAAUUAUGUUGGCUACAAUUUACCGGAAUCUAAUACAUAUGAAAUCUCUUAUCGACUUAAUAAUGAACAAAUAUUGAAGAGUGCCUAUCAAGAGAAGAAUGGAAGCGAACCUAGUUACACAAAUUACUCGCAUACAUCGAGUUCACCAAAAUACUGUGGGACACUGGAUUACAUCUUUUUUACUGGCCAUCUUACAGUAGAAAACGUAUUGGAAUUACCAGAUAAUCCAACAAGUGAAUCGUAUCCUGAUGAAACACAUCCUUCAGAUCAUCUAAUGAUUGCCGCAACAUUUCAAUUGUGA